AGCCACACUUUUCUCAAAGUACGUUUUUUGUGUUAGUUUAACUUCUACUCAACAGAGGAAGCUGCUGCGUAAAUAUUUUAACUUCCCCUCACUAGAUGGUAGAGCAGUUCACACUUUUUGUUCUCAUACUGUGAGGAAGCAGCCUUUUUCGUGUCUGAAACAACCCAAAGCCACAGUACAAUGGCACUUCCAAAGAAGAGGCUACUUCCAUGCAUAAGCGAAAAAGAAGAUUCAGAUACAGAAAUGGCUAGUUCUGAAGACGAUUUUUCGUCCAGUGGCAGCAGUUAUUGUCCCUCUGAUGAAUUUUCAUCUGAAAAUAACAUGGUACCCAAAGAAAAGGAAAAGCACAAUUUCACGGCGGAUGGUCACUUUUUCGUACCAGGUUAAGGUUAAUGGCUGUAAUAUUUUGGUAUGCAGAGAAGCAUUUUUCAGUGUGCAUGGGCUUCAGAACAAUCAAGGACGUCUUAAGAACUUACAAAAAUACUUGCGUGAGGGACGCUCCACUUCUCCAAAAGACAGAAGAGGAAAAAAAGGGAACCCAUCAAGGAAAAUUUCACAAGAAGCAGUUCAGACAGUUCACAAUUUCAUAAAUAAUAUACCUAAGUAUGCCAGUCACUACAGCCGCUCACAGAAGCCCAAUAAAGUGUACUUCGACCAUGACAUGUCCAUUUCUUCAUUAUAUCAAGAACAUUAUUUGAAAUAUUGUGAACAAAAAAAUGCACCACAAGUAAAAGUUUCGAAAUGUCGAGAUAUAUUUAACCAAGAUUUUAAUAUUGGUUUUAAAUUGCCUCGUUCAGACACAUAUCAUGUAUGUGACGAAUUUCAAAUUCAAAUAAAAAAUGACCAGUUGACCAACUCUGAAGAUAUUAUUAGAAGAUUAAAAAUUGAAAGGGACCUACUUCAUGCCAAAGCAUCUGCUGGACAAAAUAUGAUUACACAGCUUUCCAAAUUAGCUAAGGAAAAUCCUGAGGAAUAUCUUACAAUAUCCUUUGAUCUACAACAAACCUUUCCAACACCAAGGCUUACAUCUGAGCCUGCAUUCUAUAAGAGGAAGUUGUGGACGUACAAUUUUGGUAUUCAUGAUUGCGUGUCUAAAAAGGGACAUGUGAUCGUGUGGAGUGAAGAUGAAGCAAAAUGUGGAUCUGAUGAGAUAGGAAGCUGUCUGAUAAAAUUCUUAGAAAUACAAAAGUCUCAGGCAAACAUUCUUCACAUUAUUAGUGAUAAUUACAGAGGCCAAGGCCAAAAUUGGGCAACUGUUGCACUAGAGAGAUCACUAGUGCGUACAGGAAAAUUUAAAGCCAUUGAACAUUGGUUUCCACAAGUUGGACACACUCGACCGCCCUGUGGCCGAGAUUUCGGUCGAAUUGAGAAGCACGUUAAGAACAGAAACCCCACUGUAUACACCACUCAUGAUUGGGUUACAGUCAUUAAAGAAUUGUGCAAGAAUAAUCCAAUUACAGUCGUUAAAAUGAAGCAAGCAGACUUUAUAGAUCUGACACCUCUGGAGAAAAAUAUUGCAAAAAAGGACAAACAUGACGAUGGAUCUCAGUUCCGAUUUUCUGAAGCGACAGCUUUUCGUUUUGAUGAAGGAAUGCCAUCACAUUUAAAAGUGAAGUAUCAGUACACUGAAUAUGAAGAAUUCAGAACUGUAAAUAUCACUAAAAAAGGACGAGCACAUCAGAAGAAUAAUCCGUUCCAGCUCUCAUGGAAAUACUUAAAGCCCAUUCCAAUUUGUGACAAAAAACUCAAAGAUGUCAUGUCAUUAAUGCCAUACAUACCAGAUGUUUUGAAGGGAUACUUCAACAGUCUGAGUGAAUCAAAGGAACAAAGUGAUGAAAAUGAAACAGAUGUGAUAGAUAUUGGCUAUAUCGUGUGAAACACUGUAGUGACUAUCAUUGUAAGUUAUGUUGUAUAUUGAUGUACAAAUUUUUGUAAACUUUGUGUAAAGUUAGUAUGAGACAGGCCAAAGCUCAAUGUUGUGUCACCCAGGGAUAAAAUACUUUUUUAUUAACAAUGUUUAACUUUGUUCACAAUAUAACUAU